UGGCUGUUUAGGCGGUGAACUCGACAUCGAGCCCCACGCUGAUCUAUCGCUAACUAACUCUCCACCAGUCAAGCAGGUCCAGCAGCAGACUCCGCUUUACCUUGUUGUCUCAUGCUCCGUCGCAUGCGAUUACCCGAUCCUCGAGGACUCGCGGCCUCGUUCGAAGGCUGCGUUUCAUGUUACUUAGCGAUCCCCGAGUUUUUUUUAUCGACUUUCACGCCAUUUUCCCUCCGCAACCAAGAAGAGCGGAUCGGUGACCUCAUCGAACUGGCCAGCUGCCGCCCCCUCUCGAAGUGACAUUGCGACUAUGUGACGACCCCAACUUGCACACCCCGUUGGAAAUUGCCUUCCCCCGCGCUAGGAAUGGCACAAUCUCUUAGCACGAAUGGGAGCUCACUGCGUGGCACGAUGGGUCUCGCCAACGUCGCCGGAGACGAACCGGCGAAACUCCGAUGUUGCUGUGGGAAGGAUGACUGUGUCUAUCUCUUACACAACUGCUCCGUUCUGGCGAGUGUAGAACGAGAUGUCCAUACUGCGGCGAGAAUGGGGCAGACGCUCCUCACCCGCCAUGAAGCUUACAUGGCAUCUGCCGAACGCGACCGACUCGAGCUCACGGCUCGCAUCGAGCAACUGGAGCGCGACAACGCCGAGCUGGAAGCCAAGAACAAAUCAAUCACCGAAGAGAACAAGUCUUUGCGGGAGGAGUUGGAACAGGUCAACGAUACGGUGAAAGAUGCCGAGACCAAGAUUGGGCUGCUGGAAGCCACGCUCCUCGAUUCGCAGCGGGAAGUGCGGCGGCUGGAAAAUGCCACCGACAGAGCGGCUACUCUCGAAAGGCAGAUAGCAUUGCUGGAGGAGGAGCAGGUCGUGCUACGGACCACAAUCUCCCGCACCCAAGAGGAGGCCCGCACAGCCAUGUAUCGCUGGAGGCAGGCCGAAAAGGGUCUCAGCGACCUGCAGGAGCAACUGGAGCGUAUGGAGAAGGAGGCUCGGGAGGAACGCGAACGCCAUGUUCAAGUCAUCAACCGCCUGGAGCGACAACGCGCCAUGGAAAGAGAAUUGAACACAGCGGCGGGGAGGCUCAAGGGCGCCGCAGCGGCUAAGUCGAUGACGGAUGGCAGGAACAGCGGCAAAGUGGUGUCGCAUUUCGUUCGUGAUCUCCUCCAGGACAACGCCAACCUGCAGCUGGGCAUCGCUGAGCUUCGCGAGAUGCUCAUUAACGCCAACGACGAGAUUCAGAUGCUCCGGGAGCAGUUGAUGUACCACCAACCAGCCGGCAGCGGGGAGCCUCGGUCGCCAAAGACACUGCAGGCCGAGCUGGCCAUGAAGGAGCCACCACCAACGCCGCCACAACCCCAACGGGUGUCACAGGAGUUGCAUGUUCACCACCAUUUCCAUGUGACUCACAAGCCCGAGGCCCGGAAGUCGAGAAAGAGGAGGGCGGGACUCACACCGGGCGUUCUCACGCCGCCUCAGCUGUCUGCCCCAGGGUCGCCCAUCGCCGCUCGCUUCCAACGUGGUUCACUUGCUGGUCCUUUGCUAUCGUCUGGUCCAAAUGAUCCUCCUCCAACCUCUUCUACCGCCCGCUGGUCCCUCCAGUCGCAGAAUCAACCCGAGUUCGCUCCGUCAUCAGCACCUAGUUCCCCGCGGUCGACAAAUAGGGACUCGGUGUUCGACGGGGUUGGAGACUUGCCGUCUCCGACAUCUCCAACCACCAGCUUGGACCCGACAUCUCCGAGUUGGAAGAACGCACAUAGGAAGAAGAUAUCCGAGCUUUCGCUGAGGAGCAUUUCCGAAACGGCCAUGUUUCCCACAGACCCAGCACAUGCACCACGCGGUCACGCCUCGAGGCCUCGAGCCUUGACCCGCUACUCCAUAAUGAGCAGUCACUCCAAUGCAAGUACUAACUCCCCAUACACCACCGACGAUGUUCCGACCAUCACCUCCCCGCCCUUGUCUGGCUACAAGGAUUAUGACGGCGUCACGGACGCCGGAGUGCAAACGGCGUUCUCUUUCGCAUCAUUGCAGUUCGACUCAACCGUGAAACAACGCCCCCGUGGGCUCCGACAUGUGGUAUCGCACGAAUCAAUCAUGUCUCUGUCCAAUGGCCUGGACAUCCACACCCUCAAAGCGCGGCCCAGCCAACUCUCGCUAAAGCCUCUUGGCCUGACCGCAGCAGGUACCAACCUCAGCGACGUCACCGCGCAACCCACUUUGACAAGUGGGAAUGCCGAGGGAAGGCGCGGCAGCGUCAUUCUUAGGGACAGCAUAGCUCAGUCCCUGCAUCUCGUUACCCCACGACGGACUGGUGAGAGGGUUGUGUCGAGCCCCGUCAGAGGUCGGGGCGACGACAGGGAUAGCGGGCGGAGUGCGUCCCGCGCACCCUCGGCGCUUGGCAGACUGGUUUCGUGGAGGCCCUGGAAAGGGGGUAACUACAACACCGAUGCCACUCACAGUGUCCUCUCGCCCGAAGCAAGCCCCUCUUCAACUCCUGUCCUGGCUGCAUCCGCAGCCUCCACCUCUGCGGAGCCGAUUUCGGCGCUUUCCCUGCCUGCCAACGCUGCUGUCGCGGCUUCGUCGACUGCAAGCACACAACUAAGCAAGUCGCCCCAGGGCAGCCUCUCAUCAGCGAUUACGACGACGACGACCAGCACCUCUAGCACCACUGCAAAAAAAACAACAGCCGCAAACGCAAACGCAAACGCAGCGAUGGCAGCCAUGUUUCGCGCGCCGGGGGUCAACCAGCCGGGACCGGUGCCGGGGUUUCAGGAGUUUUGGGCUGCGCAAAAGAGAAGAGCCCCGCCGAGUAAGGUCUCAGUCGAUGACCAGGCUGGGGUGCAAGAGGCAUUGAGAGAGGUUUUAGAAGAGAGCUGAACGGAAAGUUUGGUGUCUAAAAUCCUCGUUAUUUUGGAUUGCUCCCCAGAGGGAGACUUGUGUCGAUUGUUAUGUAUUUGGGGCCGAAUCCUGGCUGAUUCAUCCCAUCAAACAUUUCUCGUUGGGUAUUUCCGGAGUUUGAUCUGGCAUAAGCAAUCUUGCUGCUAAUUAAUAGUAUUAAUAGGGAGAGGCGGAGGGUUCACAGGCAGGGCUCGGCUCUUCAAAUACCCGCAGGGCGCGCGUCUCAUUUG